UGACGGGCUCGGAGGGUGAACAUUUCCGGCGCAUUUCCAGGGUUUACCUCGACAUGAAAAUGAACAGAAUCUUACUUUAUUGGACUGCUGGAUUUACGAAGUACAGUGGACGGAGAUGGACACUCGGGGCUUUGGCCAAUUUGCGGUGUGGUUCUCUUGCAUAAGCGGAACCUUUUCUUUCAAGCUGCUCUUGCCUGCAGAUAGUCUUGAUGGAUUGAUUGCUUUAGUGUCUAGCACUGCCUCAUUGCCAUCAUCAAAUAAAGUCAUAUACUAAGACAUGGUGCAAUCUAUCGUGAUACUAGAGU